AUGACUAAGCCAUUGAUCAGAUUCAAAAAAUUUCAUUACUACUUAAUACCAUUAAUCAGUCUAAUAGUAUGGUGGGGUAUGUUAAUUGCCCUUUUGGCAGCCUGGGCAGCCCAAGGUAAACCCAUAUAUUCAUUCAUGUCGAGAUAUCAAAAUCCAGUAUAUAUUUCCGACGUUGCAGCUACCAAUCUUCAACCAUUAUUCAUUGCUUGUUCUUCAUUCCAAGCUAUUUUCUUUGUCGGAACUUUGGUAAUGGGGAUAUAUCUCAGGAAGAAGGAGAAGAUUCAACCAUAUAUCCUGACGACACAGCCAAAAUUUGCCAUUGCCAGUGUUGUAUGUGCCGUGAUUGGGCAGUUGGGGAUUAUUUUUACAUCGAUAUUUAAUACGAAUCAUUUCCAUACUUUGCAUUUGACAAUGGUGGGGAUCUUUAUUGCGUUUUGCUUCUUUGCAUGUUGUUGCGAUUUCGUGGUUCUGUUUAAAUUUGGGAAUAAUCCGGAUAAACUUAAUCCCCUACAUGAUGGGGUGAAGUUUGGGACCUGGAAAUGGGCUAAUUUAUAUAUGGUUUCAUUCUUUUUAAAGUGUGUAUGGCUAGCUGCUGCAUUUUCGUUUGUUAUUUGUUUUGGAUAUUUUAUGGGACAUAUGAGUAGAGGUUUGAGUGCUUCUUUUGAAUGGUUAAUUGCUUUUUGGUAUGGAUUGCUUUUGAUAUUGUGGUCGAUGGAUUUAUUCCCAAGUGCAUUGAGACAUUAUAGAAGGAAGCACCCAAAUGUAUAUCAAGAGAAGAACAAUGAACCUCCACUAACUUCAUUAGGCAGCGAAGAAGCAACAUUUGUAAACUCCCAAGACGUAUAG